AUGAGCGGCGACGGCUCCGACGCCGUCGCGAAGCCGAAGGCCGCCGCUGCCGGCGGCGGCGGCGGCGCGCUGGCGAGCGCGAGCAAGGAGCAGCUCGUGAAGGCGCUGGAGAACGCGGCGAAGAGGGCGAAGAAGGACCAGGCCAAAUUGGCCGCGCUCGCCGCGGAGUGCGAGCGCCUGCGCGAGGAGGCCGCCGCGUCCGCCGCGUCCGCGACCGCGCCGGCCGAGGCGGAGGCGACGCCGCGGCCGGACCCGGACGCCGUCGCCCCUGAGGUUGUCGCCGCGCUGGAAGCGCGCGUCGCCGCCGCGGAGAGGGCGGCGUCCGACGCGUCCGCGAGAUCGCGCGCGGACGCGGACGCCGCCGCGACGACGACGCGCGCGCUGGAGGAGACGCGCGCGAAGCUCGCGGCGGCGGAGAGAGAGCGCGCGGCGAUCGCGAAGCACGAGGCGGCGGCGCGCGCGGAGGCGGCGAAGGCGAAGGCGGACGCGGCGAAGGCGGACGCGGCGAAGGAUGACGACGCGAAGACGAAGGAUGACGACGCGAAGACAAAGGACCACGCGAAGACGCACCGCGACGAGGAGGCGGCCGCGUCCGCCGCCGCCGCCGCGACGAUCGCGUCGCUGCGCGCCGAGCUCGACGCCGCGGCGAAGACCGCCGCCGCGGACGAGCGCUUCCGCGCGGCGGCGACGACGGAGACCGCGGCGCUGCGCGAGAAGUUCGCGAGCGCCGCGCGCGAGGCGGCGACGACGCGAGAGAAGCUGGCGACGACGGAAGCCGACGCGGCGACGGCGUCGGCGUCUCGCGCGACGGCGACGUCCGCGGCGGAGAGAGACGCCGCGGACGCGAAGGCUGCGCUGCGCACCGCGCUCGAGGACGCAGAGAGGAAGGCCAAGGCGUGGGAGGAAGAGCGCGCGCGCGUGAAGACGUCGCUGACGGACGUGAAGAAGAAGAUGACCAAGCUCGACGCGCGCGCGACGACGCUGAAGGCGCGUCCCACGGAGCUCGCCGCGGCGAGGUCGAAAGCCGCCGAAGACGCGGCGGCGCGCGAGGCGGAGAAGACCGCGCUUCUCAGCGACGUCGCCGCCGCGAAGGACGCGGCCGCGACGGCGGCGCGCGAGCACGCGGAGUACAAGACCCGCGCGCUUGCGUUGGUGCGCGCGAAAGAGGACGAGCUGAAGCGCGCGGGCGUCGGCGAGACGCAAUCACGCGCGGCGAAGGAAAUUCAAACCGCGAACGACGCGCGCGACCGCGCCGAGCAGCGCGCGGCGGCCGCGAGAGACGCGCUCGAGGACGCGCUCGUUGCGUCCAGGGACACGGAGGCGACGCGCGCGGCCAGGGACGCGGAGGCGGCGGCCGCGCGCAGGAAGGAGCUGGAGCGGUUGAGGGACGAGCUGAAGGCGGCGAAUCACGCGGCGGACCGCGCGCGAUCGGAGGCGCGUUCUCCUCACACUGGUCCCCGUACGACCGCGUCGGCGUGGUGCACGCCGAUCCUUAAGGACUUUGCCCGGCGCAUCUCUCCGCCCACCCCUCGCUUUCAAUCCCGACACAUCUCGACGCCUUUCAACUUCAAAUGA